GUCCAUCUCUCUCUGUGGCUCUCGGAAUCAAAAACCAAAGAACACCUGGUCAAUGUGAGUCAACAAAGUAGAGUUUAGCCUUUCUUCCUCCUCCCACCAACUCCAUGCAAUAUACUCCUUUCCACCCUUCUUCAACUCUUCUUCGUUUUCUCUCUCUCUCUGAUCCUCUUUUUUCAUCCCUCUAAAUCUCCACUCUCUUCCAUGGCCGACCACCGCUCUCAAACCCUAGCCCCAGUGCCUCACCCCUCCCACUAUGAUCACGAUUGCCCUUCCUUCUCUGACCUCUUCAACGGCGUUACUCACUCUGAGUUCCCCACCAUUCAAAAUGUUGGGUUUCAGGGACAAUUUGGGAUGUCCCAUCAAGAAGUUUUGGCAAGUGUGACAGCUAAAGCUGCUCAAGCUCCGGUUCAGAUGGAUCAACCUGUGUGUAUGCAUUCUUCUACUGAAUCGUCAUCUGUUCCAAAAUCUGAGAUAUCCAUGCCAAAUUCAACACCAGGUGUAGAAAACCCAUUAGCAUUACCCCAAGAUAAUGCCUCCAUCAAACAAAGAGCGGACCAGAAAGACUUUUCUGAUCAUAAAACCCAGCUUGCUGAUACUGUUGUUAUGAACAUCCCCAAUGAUGGGUAUAACUGGAGGAAGUAUGGUCAGAAACAAGUGAAGAGCACUGAAAGUUCUAGAAGCUAUUACAGAUGCACAUAUUCUGAUUGUGAUGCGAAGAAGAAGGUUCAACAAUGUCACCAGUCUGGUUUUGUAACUGGAGUUAUUUAUAAGGGUUUUCAUAACCAUGAUCCACCUCCAAAGAUUAGAUGCACUCAGCUAAGGAAGUCUGCAGCUGUUAGUCCUGUUGAAGGGAGUGAUACUGUAUAUCCUACAGCACAAAAGCUCGGAAAUUCAGAUCUAUCCAAUUCUAAGAGUGAACCUGGAAAAGCAUCAGUAGCAACACCUGAAUUGGAGCAACAGAACUCCAGCAAUUCUGAUAGCAAUACAGGUAUUAAAGCUGAGGAGGAAAGUGGUGAUGUGGUAGAGCGAAAACGAAGGAUGAAACCCCAAGAACCACUGGUGCUUCCAUCAAGACGGAAACAGAGAAGUUCAUGUGGUUCAAAUGAGAUUGUCAAAAAAGAAGUUGGGGAAUGUGGUGAUGAACAAAAACCUAAACAAAGGAUGAAAGAAGGAGGUUUAGCAUGUUCAGCUCCCCUCUUUAAAACUAUUAAGGAGCCUAAAAUUGUUGUCCAUGCUGCUGGUGAUGUGGGGAUCUCAAGUGAUGGCUACAGGUGGCGCAAGUAUGGCCAAAAAAUGGUGAAAGGGAAUCCUCAUCCCAGGAGCUAUUACAGGUGCACAUCUGCUGGUUGCCCGGUCCGGAAGCAUGUGGAGAGGGAUACAGAUGACAAAACAACCAUCAUAGUAACAUAUGAGGGGAAACAUGACCAUGACAGGCCAGUACCUAAGAAGCGGCAUAGUCCACGAACUGCUGCUUUUCUUAUAGCAGCUGCUGCUGCUAUGAACAACAACCAAUGCAAGAAAACAGAAACUUUGGCAAAUCAAAGAUCUUCAAACCAGCAGUCAGCUGACAUUGAGCAUGAUUUAACAUGUCAGAAGGCCUUGGAACUUGGAGGUGAGAAGGCAUUGGAGUCAGCUCGAACUCUUUUGAGUAUUGGAAUUGAAAUCAAGCCUUGUUGAGAAAGAGAGCAGGGUGGUUGUUGAUGCAAAAGAUUUUACCUUCUUGAGCCUCUCUUCACUGAAGUUUAAGUAGUGUUAUUUCAAAGUAUUAAUGUUAGAUGAAAUUUUGGCCAUAUUUUGUUCUUUUUUCCCUUGCUGAGAAAAGUCCUGUAUAUUCCAACUAUCCUACAUUCUCACAUCUCUUUUUCUUUUUCCUUAUUCGUUAUUUUUCCCGUUUGUUUUUAUAGCCUUCAGAUAUUUUGUUAAAUUCUGGCUUUGUUAUUAGACAUCUCUGUUUUUCCCUA